AUGUUUCUCUCAUGUCUGUGUCGGUUUCUCCUGAGUUCACUGUGGUUUUCUCUCACCUCCCGAAAACGUGCCAUUAUGAGGUUUGGCAGGGCUAAGUGUAUGAUCAGCAUGAAGUCUAUACAGGAUAUCUCAAAACAGCUGGGCUUUGAAUGGUCAGUUCUUGCAUAUGAACUGGGCUUCACAAGAAUUGAAGUCAGGCAGUUUCAUGCUACAUCAAAGGAGAAGCGGGAUCAGGCCAAGAGCAUGCUGGAAUCCUGGUAUGAGAGGACUUGGGAUAAGCCUAAUAAGACUAAAGUGCUGCAGGAUGGACUGGAGCAUGCUGGUCGUAGAGACCUGGCUGAGAGGCUGCGCUGUCUUCAUUGGGGCCACCAGAAACUCAGCCGCAGAGUCGAGCUGCCCUCUGCCUUCCCCUUUCUCAUAACCGUCCACAAGACAAUAGAUAAAAAGCAGGCCCUGAGAAGAAUAAAUGAGCUUAAUCGCAGUUUCAACUAAUAUCAUUGCUGGGAAACAAUAAUACAUACUUAAGUUCUCAGAUGUUCUGGAUACUCCAAACAUAAUUUAAAUGGAUUUAUCAUGCAGAACACUUUUAAUUAUGUAAAACAAAAACUGUUUUUUUUUUUGUUUUGUUUUGUUUUGUUUUGUUUUUUUUAAGUUGAAGGACAUUAAUUAUAUUGUUUUCACACUGAUGUACAGUUUGCAUAGUUUUAAUGCUUUCAAAUUAUUUAGGGCAUCUCAGACAGAUGCAGCAUUAUUUUACUGAAACUACUACCUUAGGAAAUCUUUUAUACUUCUUGUAAUAUUAAAAAUAAAUUUAAAACAGUUCAAUCUGUA